CGCGCUGCCAAACACCCCCGAUCGUCUACCUCAGGACGCGUGAGGCCCCCCGGUGCCUAUAAAUGCACGCCCAUCUGGGCUCAGAAACUCUCAUCAUCUUCGUGUGAUUCUUCUCUCGACCCAUCAGCUUUGAUUGGCUCUUCUUCCCUUGGUCCAUUUCUGUAGUGUGAUUUGUGAAGUGCUUUCUUUCUUGCCUGAGUUACAAAAGAUCAGUUCUUGAGCUGAUUCACCAUGGCUGCUUCACCCAUCUCGCUUCCGACGACGCCGGCGGGGCUCCGGCACGGGGCGUGCCACGGCCCAGCGCUGCCGGCGAGGCGGAGAUCACCGGCCGCGCCGACGACGCGCUGCGCGGCGUUCCGGCGGAGCGCGAGCGGCGGGCGGGGCCAGUACGGCGGCGCGCUGGUGGACGAGGGCAUGUCCGUGCUGCGGCGGCGGAUCCGGGAGGCGCGGAUGGCGGAGUCCAACUACGAGGCGCCCGCGGGGUGGGCGGCCUGGGAGAAGCGGUACUACCCGGCCUACGUCGCCGACGUGUCCGGCAUCGUCGGCGCGCUGCAACUGGCCCUCAUGGGCACCAGGCCCAGCGUCGCCAUCGCCGUCGCCGCGCUCGUGCUCGGCAGCGUGCCUGUCUCCGCCGCCGCCGCGCUGCACCAUCUGGGGAUGGUCGCCGAGGCCGUCCUGCAGUCCGUCCACCACGUUUCUUGAUAGAGUCGGGCGUUUUUUGUUUUUGGUUCCUUUGGGCCAAUGUGUCCAGUCCAGUACAUAGCUUAUCGUAGACUUUGUAUACGUGUAGUUCGUUUGCAGCUGGAUUGAUUAUAUGAAGAUUCUUUAGCCUUGACAGAUCGCAGUUUCUAUUGCAAUUCGGACUGAAAUCUGCUUCAAAAUUGCGGGAGGUCGACAAAUCCACCCAAAAUCGGUUUCGAAUGCCCA